AGAAUACAAAAGUUUGUGCAAAUCAUUUUGAGUAUGGGAAGCCAACUGAGCUAUCCCCUCAUCCAAAGUUAUAUUUGAAAGGAUACGAAAUAUCUUCUCCUCAAAAUAAAAGAAAAUUACCAAUUCCUCGAUAUACACCUACUACAGUUUCUAAAAAACAUAAAAAUACACAUUUUUCAAGUACCUGUACCACUACUAGUAGCAGUAACAAUAAUGACAAUAUUCCCCAACAGUCUUCUCUGUCAAUAUCUCCUCCAUGUCUAUCAUCAACAGCAUCUAAUCAGCAACUUUCUCCACAACAAAUCGAUUUAAUUACUAACACACCAGCAACUUAUCUAACACCAACAACACUUUAUAAACAAAGUAGUCAUAAAAGAUUAACAUGGGAGGCAGUGCGUUCUUUACCCAAAGUCAUAAAAUUGUAUACUGAGUGUCCCACUGAAAAUGUUUUUUUAUAUAUUGUUAGUCGUGUUCAAGCUUAACAUAAAAAAGUGUCUUAUUUUAUGGAUUAUAAACGUUCAUUUGAACCAAAGCAAUAUCAGUUUAGUCCUGCUAGUAAACCUUCAAGUACAGGGAGACCUGGUCCAGCACGACAGCUUUUUGUUGAAGAUGAAGUGUUACUUACUUUAAUGCGUAUUCGACUUGACUCACCAUUACAAGAUUUAGCAUUUCGUUUUAAAAUUUCAGUAAGUCAUGUGUCUAGGAUUUUUACUACAUUUAUAACUUUAUUAGCCCGAGAACUUGAACCAUUAAUUUAUUGGCCUGCUCCAGAAGAAACAUUAAGUUUUACACAUCCUCAUUUUAUUGGAGAUUUCGUUUAUGUUGAAGGUAUUGGUGACUGUACUGAACAAACUAUUCAAAAAAAGGCUGAAAGAAUUUCGACUUCUAAAGAACACUCUGCCUAUCACAUUAGUCCCUCUAAUCGAUGAUAUAUGGAUAAUUGCUGCUGCCAUUGUUAACCUGCAACCACCUCUUGUAAAAGCAACAGCAGUAUAAAUUGUUGUUCUUUGAUGUUAUUUUUGAAUGUUUUUUGAACUAGUUGUACCGUGUGCAGCCUGCAAAAUCCUGGUUGUUACUUGGCGCUUCCCGGACCCUUCCUGAGACCUGUUCGAGAGUGGCAACCAACCACUGUUCAUUUUUUUUUGAAAAAAAGAACAGUGGUCAGUUGCCACUCUCGGGCUGGUCCCAAAAAAGGCCCAGGAGUGUCGAGCUCUCACCUAGAUUUUGCAUGCUGUUUUGUUUGCUCUUUAAAUUUUGGUUAUUAUUGUGCUAUUUUAUGGAAUUUGGUUAAUUUUUUGUUACAUAUUUGCAUUUUAAUAUCUUUGCAGCCUGCAAAAUUCUAAUCAUCACUUGGCACUCCCCAGACCCUUUUCAAGACUUGUUUGAGAGAGGCAACAAACCACUAUUCAUUUUUUUUAAAAAAGGAACAGUGGUUGAUUGCUCCCCUUGAGCAGGUCCCAAAAAUGGUCCGGGCAUGUCAAGUUCUGACCUGAAUUUUGCAGGCAGGUGUUUGCUCUUAAAUUUAUAGUUAUUAUUGUGCUAUUUUAUGAAAUUUUGGUAAUUUUUUAUUUAUAUUGGCAUUUUAAUAUCUAUGCAGCAUGCAAAAUCCUGAUCAUGACUAGGCAACCUCUCAGACCUUUUCCAAGGCCCAUUUGACAGAGACAACCAACUACUGCUCAUUUUUUCUAAAAAAAGAACAGCAAUUGGUUGCCCCCUUCGAGUAGGUCUUGAAAACGGUCCGGAGGUGCCGAGUUCUGACCAGGAUUUUGCUCUUAAACUUUGGUUAUUAUUGUACUAUUUUUUGAAGUUUGAUUAAUUUUUUAUUUUAUAUUCCCAUUUUAAUAUCUUUGCUUGCACAAUUAUGUAUCAUUAAUUUUGAAAAACUGCAGUUUUAUAGACAAAAUAAGCUUUAAUCUUCAGGUUAUAUUGUUACAUAGAUUUUCAGCUAAAUUUGCCAUUUGACAGCUGGUGUCAAAUGGCAAAUUUAGCAUUUGACAUCAAUAGGAUUUGACAUCAAUACAAUGUACAAUUUUAUUACUUUUUAUAUAUAUUUUUAACAAACAUUACUUUUUUUUAUUUUUGCUUAUUUGCCCGAGUAUCUAACUUAGAAUUUUCCGGAUUUUAAAGAAUAUUUAUAUGAUUGUCAGGGUUAUUAGGGUAUGUCAACUUUCAUCUUUUUUUUAGUUUCUAUAUACGGUUUUUUAUUCAUUGUAAAUAUUAUCUAAAGCAAGAAAUUAAUUUUAAAUAUAUAUCUAUAUUUAGUUACA